GGAGCGAGGCGGGGCGGGAGCGGCUCCCAGGCACGUGGGUCGCGGCGGCGGCGGCGGGACGCGGGCGCGGGCAGCCGGCAGCGGCGGCCGGGGCAGCCGCGGCGGCCGAGCGUCCCGCCGAGGGCAAUGGCCACAGAUGGCCUGGGCCUCUGGAAUGGCACCAGCAAUGGCACCUGGGAUGGGGAUGACCUGGGCUACAAGUGCCGCUUCAACGAGGACUUCAAGUACGUGCUCCUGCCUGUGUGUUACGGCACCGUGUGCGUGCUCGGGCUGUGUCUGAAUGCUGCAGCGCUCUUCAUCUUCCUGUGCCACCUCAAGACCUGGAACGCCUCCACCACCUACAUGUUCCACCUGGCCAUGUCUGAUGCACUGUAUGCGGCCUCCCUGCCGCUGCUGGUCUAUUACUAUGCCCGUGGCGACCACUGGCCCUUCAGCACAGUGCUCUGCAAGCUGGUGCGCUUCCUCUUCUACACCAACCUUUACUGCAGCAUCCUCUUCCUCACGUGCAUCAGUGUGCACCGAUGCCUGGGUGUUUUGUGCCCACUGCGCUCCCUGCACUGGGGUCGGGCCUUCUAUGCCCGCCGGGUGGCAGCCGCCGUGUGGGUGGUGGUGCUGGCCUGCCAGGCCCCUGUGCUCUACUUCGUCACCACCAGCGUGCGUGGUGCCCGCAUUACCUGCCACGACACCUCGGCACCAGAGCUCUUCAGCCACUUCGUUGCCUACAGCUCCGUCAUGCUGGGCCUGCUCUUCGCGGUGCCUUUUGCCAUCAUCCUGGUCUGUUAUGUGCUCAUGGCUCGGCGGCUGCUAAAGCCAGCCUACGGGACCUCUGGAGGCCUGCCGCGGGCCAAGCGCAAGUCAGUCCGCACCAUUGCUGUGGUGCUGGCUGUCUUCACCCUCUGCUUCCUGCCUUUCCACAUCACCCGCACCCUCUACUAUUCCUUCCGCUCGUUGGACCUCAGCUGCCACACCCUCAAUGCCAUCAACAUGGCUUACAAGGUCACCCGGCCGCUCGCCAGUGCCAACAGUUGCCUCGACCCCGUGCUCUACUUCCUGGCUGGGCAGAGGCUUGUGCGCUUUGCCCGGGACGCCAAGCCACCCACGGACCCCACCCCUCCCACCCAGCCUCGCCGCAGGCUGGGCCUGCGCAGGUCUGACAGAACUGACACCAAGAGAACAGGAGGCCUGUCCACCAGCAGUGGGAACUCCAGGCAGACAGAGGCCAUGCCGGCUGGUGGUGAGAACACUAAGGACAUUCAGUUGUAGGACCUGAACCCUCUGGGCUGUGCGAGUUUAUAUGGGGGUGCUGUAGGGACUAGGACUCGUUCCUAUGGGACAGUCUCCCCAGAUACAGACCAUCAGCAGCUCAUGCUGGACGGUCAAGGGAGUCAAGGAGCCAGGACCCCGAUGCCUGUCAUCUGGGAGGGGCUCAGCAUGUUCCCACAGCCCCAGUCAUCAUUUGUAUGUGUGAGUUGGGGAAUUAGUUUUCAAGAAAGGCAAGGGUUCAGAGUCCAUGGUGCCCUGGCCUGACUCCCACAUAAAUAGCUGGAUGUGCCUGCUAAGCUACCUGGAUUGGACUCCAGCCUAAUCAAGUCAAAUGGAGAAACAGGCCCAGAGAGGAAAGUGACUUACCAAGGUCACACAGCCAAGUCGGCCUGAGAUGCCUGGGAGGAGCGGGAACACGGCUGACCAGAGGACCCUGGUAAGGAGACAAGACUGAGCCAGAGGUUCCCACAGUGGGUCUGCAGCAGUCUGGGUGCCAUGAUGGACUCAGCCCUGCAGAGUACCCCCAGCUCAAGAGAUGUCAUAAACCCUUCCGGAGGAUCCUCUAGGCUGGGAGCCAGUUUGAGGCUGUAACUUAUACUAAAGGUGUUACUGACUACUGA